AGAUAUGAUCCUAUGGCUAAUGUUUUAAAGUAGUUCGUGGUGGCUGGAGAGAAUCUUUUGUUCAGUGCAAGAUGGGAAAAAGUGGCAGGAAAAACAAAGAGAAGAAAAAGGAUUUUCAGAAAGUAAAAUUAAAAGUGGGAAAAACAAAACCAGCAGCCAACAAUGUUACCAAAGCAACCUUUAAAACUGGUGGAGUACUGAUCAGAGAACAGCUAAAGCAAGAUGACUCACAGCCCACAACACUGCGUAAGCAAAACAUACACGAUCUUCUUUGCCAGUUGAACCACUACAACUUCAAGGUCCGGCAGGAUUCCAUCUGGGGGAUGAAAGAACUUCUCACCAACCAUCCAGAACUGAUGUCAGAACAUCUGGCGCUACUACUAGACAAUCUCUGCACAUUGUUUACAGAUAAACAUGCUCCUGUUAGGAAGGCUACAAUUUCACUUUUGGCUUUACUGUUUGGAAAUACUAAUGAGAACGAUAUGUCGCCGUUCAUGUCUGUGUUGAUUGUGUACCUUUGUAGCGCAAUGACGCACAUUAAUGAGGACAUACAACUAGAUUCACUGUCAAUUCUUGAUUUAUGUUUAGACUUCUAUCCAAAGUUAAUUGUGCCACACAACAAGGAGUUGCUGAUGAACUUUGUCAGUCAGAUUACGAGGCAGAGAAGCAUGAAACCUGACUUCGAAAAUGCUGACCUUGAAUUAUUGGUAAAUCCCGACAGGAAGAUGACCUCACAAUCGUGGAGGUUGAAGGUGUUGGAACGAUUAAGGAAAUUCCUUCAAUCGUUGUUAGAGACCAGAAAAGCUGAUGAAGGUGCUAUACAUGACUCAGAAAUGAUAGCUAUCAGGUGGAAUGAGGCAAAUCGUAGCAGACCACUGCAUUUUAAACCUUUCCUAAUGGAGGGCUUUACUCUAAGAUCAUUAACAGAUGACAAAUCAGGAUCGAAUCAUCUGUCCAGUACUGAUGACAUUGUAUCGUUUGUAAACACAGUAAUUCCACUGUUGAUGCAGUCAUGGAUGGAGGUGUCUCCCUCACUUCUCCAUAAAGGAAAUGGAGUACCGCAUGUUGCCAUAGGGACAUUGGAGGCUGUUCUCUGUGUGCUAUGCCUUUUACUGAAAUGGUUAGAAGAGAUUUGUAAGGAAAAAGAUGAUUAUAAGCCUCUAACAUCACUCGUGGCUCAACAUAAGAAGGAGUUUAGCCAACGUUUAUUUACAUCAUUUCCUUUCGUUGAGCAUAACCACAGCUCAAACAAACGCAAGAAGGGAAGCAAGUCAAGUGUCCAGACCUCAAACCUUGCAUUGGCUGAAAUUAUGACCUACUUCAUCAAGAAACAACAGCAUUUAAAAGGCUGGUUAGAGAGGCUACAUGACCAUUUAGUUGAUGAACUCGAAUGUGGAAAUUAUUGUUCUGCUGAUCAGGUGCACUCGGUUUUGAAUGUUGUGCAAAGAUUAAUUCUUGUCCUCAAAAAACCUGAUGUUGGAGUUCUCUUGGAAGCUCUUUGUGAAUCACAUAAAAACUUACAUCAAAGAUCGCAAGCUCGAGGAAUUCUCUUACGGUUUUUGGCAGGCAUAGCUAUGAAGGAUUUCCAUUUUGAAUCUGUAAAUAACUGGGUCAGUAAUCUACCCAAUGAACUGCUGAGAUUAAGGAGUGGAAAGUCAUGUGACACUAGUGACAUUAUUCAGGUGAUAUCAACAGCUGCAUCCAGAGGUCAUCAUACAGUGUUACAAGGACUUCAAGAAAACAUAUUGAAGUUUAUGAAUCGUAAGGAUGGCCUAGUCUUGCAUGUGACAGAUGCUGAACAGCGUAGACUUGUUCAACUACUUUAUUGGGUACCAAACAUAAGUAGAGAUUUACUCCAAGAACUAGCCAUUACCAGUAUGGAUGAGAGGUUAACAUGUGAAAAUGUUGCAUGUGCCCUCCAGUUAUUAACAACCAGAUGUUUGGAAUCUAAAAUACCUGCUGUAGAGGAAUUACUAAGUUGCCUGUUAACAAGUUCAUUAGGUGUUACCAUGGAGAUUCUAACUGAACUACAAGAACUUUCGUCAACUACCCCAAAGAGUGAUAAUGAAGGCUCAUUAUUCAUACGACCUCCAACCUAUUGUGAUGUAACACUAAAGUCAUGUGAUUCACAGCAUUACCAUCGUCAAGUCAGAAUAUGUGAGAUAAUUUGUAGUUGUUUUAAACAACUGGAAAAUAAUGGGAACAUUUGGAGGAGCUUUCAAAUAGCCAUACAUAAUCUACUUAUGAAAAGGAAAACUCUACCCAUCACAGCAGCCCAGUCAAUCCUAAGAACUCUUUCUUUUCUUCACUCUGAUAAGUAUGACAUUUUGGAAGGCUUGCAGCAGAAUGUAGCACAAUGCUGCUUAGCCUCACUGUUGGGCAGUGUACCUUUGUAUGCUGUGUUGUACCAAAAUGAUCAUUGGGCCAACGAUUUAUGGACAGUGUGUGUGGACACAUUGUUGAAAAUGCCAAAUAUGUUACACAUUGCAUUGGAAUUGAUUGACUAUGGAAUUCCAGAUGUAUUGAAUGAGGAUGAUAUUUAUAAGACUGCUGUUGUUAUUGUUCGUCUGCUGCAGACCCAUUCCUUAUCUAGCUACCUAGUUGCAGAGGCUCCAUUACUGCAGAGAAUUUCUCAUAAUAUACAGAAUCACCACUUUUGCCCAAAAGAAAGUCAAUGGAAGGUGGAAUUAUGCUAUGAAUUGAGUCUACUUCCAUCAUCAGCAAGCAAGAAGUAAUUACAAAUAUAAAAGAACAAUGUACUUUUAAUUUAAGAACUAACUUAUUUUAUAAAGAUUUAAAUAAAAUCAUAUCUGGAGUAAAUAAUGAAGAACAGGUACUUGCAUGGUGCUUUGAAAAAGUUACAAAGAUUUUAGAUGAGGAAAUAAGCAAUUCCUCCAACAAGCAUUGGUAAUUUUCAUGACUUAUUCUACAUUUAUAUCAGAAUACAGACAGUGGUGGUGCCAGCGGGGAAUUUUCCCUUGUCGGACAGACUUGGACCCCGUUUGUCUGAUGCCACGAUGAGGUCAUUCGACCAAAAAUAUGAAUUUGCCUAUCCAUAACGUUAUUUUGAUUGCCAAUCUCUAAUAUUGUAGACUAAAAGCACAAGAGCCAUACUAAGCCAUAAAAUCUCUCCCCAUGAACCCUACCACAAAUCUCGUGAAAAUCAUGUAGAAUAAAUAAAAUACAAUAUAAAAAAUGAAGUGAAGUAACCAUUUUAUUUUGCAAGGUACAGUAUUAUGAAAGAGAAAACAUGCAUCCGAGUGCAGUAUGUAUUAUCACAAAUAAUAUUAAAAUGUACAUUUACCAAUGUAAUAUAUGAUUUGAAGACAAUAUUAAAGCUUUUUCAAAAGAUGGGUUAUUUUGUAUUUUUCUAUAGGGAGUUUUUGUUAUGACGGUCUAGGACGUAAUGAGGUCACUUGGACCUGCUCUUGUUGUCAACUUUAUGUUGUGCAGGAAAUUCACCCUUAGGUUCAU